GAGAGAAUAGACGGGACUCCGUUGAGGGCAGCGCUGCGCAAACUAAGUGAUUUUCGGGUGCAACAUCACAAACGGGUCACGGGGGUUAAGCCUAAUCAACUGUCAAAUCAAAUGAUCAUUAUGCCCCUUCAACAGUCGUUAUUUAUCUGAUGGUCUGAAGUCAAGACCGAGGUCGGAGUUCGCCUACAAUUACCCUUUUUUGGUGUUCUUCUUCCUUUGGCAUUGAUGGCGCUGUAGCAUAGGUUAUUUCCCCCAGCUUUACAGAGAGUGAACAUAACUCAAUCCCGGAAAAACAAGUUCUCAUUCAAAUUGAUUCAUUAUAUAUUUUCCCAAAGGAAUGUACUUUUGGAGAAGCAUGCUGUUCUUGGAAAUCUCGAGGUUUGCCUUGUCCUGAGUAGAUUGAUCACAUCGGAUACAGAAGACAGAAGGACUCCUCUCACCCUGUACCGAGGCUGCAAUAGGAGAUCUAAAACCUCUACUAUCCCUGUGUGAAUAUGUACAACCAUCCACCUCUCCAGGACAAAGGAUGUCAGAACUGAUACAGAGUCUGGAACAAUGCCAACCCCAGAGAGAGGCUGUCUGGAAUGUCUUUUACCUUGUUGUUUUUUGUUAUCACGGGACACAAGCAAACAAACAAGAAGAUGUUAUCAGAUAUGUUUGUUUGGAUGAAAGGGAGAAACCCCGAGGGCUUUCCUUCUGACCAGGCUCUUCUCUACACUAUGAGCUGAUUGACCCGCCUCCACCCCCCCACACACACAAAUCGUCCCUCCCCACCACCACCUCCCUCCCACCGACGAUGGAUCUUACGAAUGGCACCACGGUCAUCACAGACAGAGACUUAUUGGAUGACUCCUCAACCCGCAUCCUGACUGGCUGUUUCCUCUCGCUGCUCAUCCUCUCCACGUUACUUGGCAACAUCCUUGUGUGUGCCGCCGUCACCAAGUGCCGUCACCUGCGUUCCAAAGUCACCAACUUCUUUGUGAUCUCGUUGGCCGUCUCCGACCUCCUGGUCGCUGUCCUGGUGAUGCCGUGGAAGGCCGUGACGGAGGUCGCAGGGUUCUGGCCGUUUGGCUCGUUCUGCGACACUUGGGUGGCGUUCGACAUCAUGUGCUCCACGGCAUCCAUCUUGAACCUGUGUGUGAUCAGUGUGGACCGUUACUGGGCAAUAUCCAGCCCGUUCCGGUAUGAGAGGAACAUGACUCCUAAAGUGGCAUUUGUGAUGAUCAGCGUGGCCUGGACGCUCUCCGUCCUCAUCUCCUUCAUCCCCGUCCAGCUUAGCUGGCACAAAGCCCAGACCUUUACCUCUACCUCCAUCACUACCUCCACAACCCCACCCUACAGCCUCCAGCCCGCCCCAGACUCCUCUAACCCUGUUGGGGAUAACAACACACAUCAGGCGCCCCGGGACUGGGACAACUGUCACUUCAGCCUGAACCGGACCUACGCCAUCUCUACCUCUCUGAUCAGCUUCUAUAUCCCAGUGAUCAUCAUGGUGGUCACCUACACCCAGAUCUACCGCAUCGCCCACCGUCAGAUCAGAUGCAUCUCCACCCUAGAACGAGCCGCAGAGAGCGCCAAGAACCGACACAACAGCAUGGGAGAAGGCGGCGGAGAAUCCAGCAUCUCCGAAUCGGAGAGCUCAUUCAAGAUGACGUUCAAACGGGAGACAAAGGUCCUGAAGACGCUGACUCUGAUCGUGGGCGUGUUCGUGUGCUGCUGGCUGCCCUUCUUCAUCCUGAACUGCAUGGUGCCGUUCUGUGAGCCGUCGCCCCGCGGUGCCGCGGCCUCCUUCACCUGUAUCAGCCCCACUAUGUUCGAUGUGUUUGUGUGGUUCGGGUGGGCCAACUCUUCCAUCAACCCCAUCAUAUAUGCCUUCAACCCAGACUUCCGCAAAGCAUUCUCUAUCCUCCUGGGCUGCCACAGAUUCUGUCCCGGAGAUCACGGCAUGGGCGCGUUCAGUCUCAAUAAGAAGUGAGCUCAGAGCCUCAGAAUUCCCAGCGGUAGUAAUAAAAAACAUGCAUGGAAAACAUCUGCUGAGGCACUGGUCUCAGAAGAGGACCUACAGUACCAGCUGUCAUGAACGUCGGAGAACUAUAGCAUGCCAUCGUCUGGUGCAUUGUAUCGCCAUAAGCAAGCAGAGUAAGCACUACAACCUUGGUGUAAAAGGUUUGUUGUUGUCAUUGAGGGUGCCGCCACCUUGUGCAGUGUCACUGGGCAUAACAUACAGUAUGAUCUGAAAUGGCACUGCAAUAAGAGUCGAGUGACCCUUUGCAGUGUCCCUGACUGUGCAGUGAGUGCAGUACAUUUAGUGACACAUUGUCUCUGUGGAGUCGAUACUACAGUGAGUCAGGGCCCCAGACUCUGACCCAGUGAUGCUUUAUUGUGAAUUUUACAGAAUGUUAAAAAGAGGUCACUUUAUUACAAACGUUUUGAGAUACAGUACUUCAAGAAAAUAUAUUAUUCUUUACAAUGUGUUCUCUUGCAAACAGUAACUUUGAUUGUGUUUUUGUUAAAGUCCAUUCCAAUACUGCCAUUGUUUUAAUUGAUGGGGAACACAAAAUGACGGUUAACUGAAUAAUCUUUCUAAUGAUGGUAAUGAAAUUCAGAAAGCUUAAGGCUAUUUCAUAACAAACAUCAAUUUAAUUUGGACCGCCCUUUUAAAUCUCUCUCCAAAGUGUUUUACCUUAUUAAUGAGCUACUCAUCUUGCAUUGUGUCUGUGGCUUUUCCAAAGCAAUGCCAGGUGUCCCAACAAGCCCUCAUAGUCUCACUGCAGAAUGAGACGUUCAGCCACGUUCUCCAAACGUCAAAUUUCAAAGAGUUUUUGCUUUGUAUCAUUCCAUUUCUCCAAACGUCAACUUUCGAAGUUAAGGGUUAAGUUUAAGCACUCAUUCUGAAUGGUUAAGGAAAGGAUUAAGGUUUGGGAAAGAGUUCAAACGUUAAGUUUAGGCACUCAUUCUGAAUGGUUAAGGUUUGGGAUAGGGUUCAAACAUUAAGUUUAGACACUAACAUGCUGACCAGAACGCUCGAGCCAUCGCACGCAUGUUGAUUUUUUCCCCCCACACCAGACGCGAUCAGGACAUGCAGGUUGAAAUAUCAAAACAAACUCUGAACCAACUAUAUUAAUUUGGGAACAGGUCGAAAAGCAUUAAACAUUUAUGGCAAUUUAGCUAGCUAGCUUGCUGUUGCUAGUGAAUUUGUCCUGGUAUAUAAUCAUUAAGGAUGGGUAUCGUUAAGAUUUUAACAGUAUUACUACUCUUAGCGAUACUGCUUAUUGAUCUGGUACUUUAACGGUAUUCUUAUCGGUUAUUUUUGUUAUUUUUUACGGAGAGAAAAAAACUAAACAAAUUAAGAACAAAAUUAACAUUGCCUUAUUUUCUGAAAUGUAAAAUAAAUAUAAUGAACAAUUAUUUUCAGCAAAGGAAACAGCAAUGUUUUUUAUAUAUUUUUUAAAUAUAUAUUUUUUACAUUUUACCCCGUUUUCUCCCCAAUUUCGUGGUAUCCAAUUGUUUUUAGUAGCUACUAUCUUGUCUCAUCACUACAACUCCCGUACGGGAGAAACGAAGGUUGAAAGUCAUGCGUCCUCUAAUACCCAACCAAGCCGCACUGCUUCUUAACACAGGGCCAUUCAACCCGGAAGCCAGCACACCAAUGUGUCUGAGGAAACACCGUGCACCUGGCAACCUUGGUUAGCGCGCACUGCGCCCGGCCCGCCACAGGAGUCGCUGGUGCGCGAUGAGACAAGGACAUCCCUACCGGCCAACCCCUCCCUAACCCGGACGACGCUAGGCCAAUUGUGCGUAGCCCCACGGACCUCCCGGUCGCGGCCGGUUACGACAGAGCCUGGGCGCGAACCCAGAGUCUCUGGUGGUACAGCUGGCGCAGCAGUACAGCACCUUAAAACCACUUAACCACCCAGG